AUGCGCUCCCCCCUCCACCUCCUCCUCGGCAUCGUCUCUGCCCUCGCCCUCCUCGCCUCAGCCUCCCCCAUCAACACCUCUCUCAACCCCAGCUCCCUCGCCCGUCGCGCCCUUGACUACCAGCAUCCGGUUUACACAGCCGGCGGCCGCUUCGAGUACUGCGGCGAGGUAGCCGUCACUCCGACCCCAGACACCUCGUCCGCCGCCCCCCUCGCCGCCGAUUGCAACCUCAUCGCCGACGAUGUCGGUGCGCGCCAAGGCGCCUACACGUUUGCGGCCGCCGACUUCAAGCACGACGGCUGGGCCUGGGUCGCCGCCAAGGGUACCUGCACGUUUGCCGUCCGCUUCGACACGGCGGCGGCGCGGACAAAGCUGCUCGUCGGCACCAAUGACGUGAGGUUCUACAUCAGUUCGUCGUCGCGGCUGGCGAAGAACGGCAGGCUUGGUGUCAGGGCGGGGGUUACCUGCUUCAACGGCGACGGACAGAAGGGUAUCAUCUGGGGCUUGAUCAGGACGCCUAAAACCGUUUAG